AUUGUCAAAAUAAAGAUUAAAAAACAAUAAAAUUGUUUCUUGCCUACGUCAGUAAAUUUUUAUUGGCACUCAAUGCUAUUGUAUCUAAGUGAUCACAGGAGAUUCCAAGAGAUAUGCUUUUGUGUUGAUAACUUGAUAUGAUAUAAAUGAUGCAGUAAAAUAAUUAACUAAAGACGUCACUUUCUGGUAUAUAAUGCGGACGAUUUUUCAUCGAAAACAGUAUCUGGUGUGGCCCUAAUACAGCUUCAUCAUGAAAAACUUCACUCUCACCAUCGCGAUUUGCCUUGCGGCUGUCGUGUGCAGCUCACACGCAUUCCGCCUCCCUUUCAAGCCGCCCCCAUUCCUGCAAAACCAAAUUGAUGAACUGAGGGAUAAGCUUCAGGAAGAGUUGGAUAGAAUCAGGGAACAGCUCGAAAACCUCGCUAAUCUUGGUUCUGGGAGAACCACGUCGGCUCCAGUGGAAGAGUUAACUACUGUUGAUGGCGGCGUUACGGAUGCAACUGCUAUUGAGACUACCGCUCCACCAUCAGAAGAAACAUCUUCAAUACCGACAGAGGAGCAACCCGAGACAACUUCUGCUGCAACUACUACUACUACUAAGGCGGCCGACAGCAGUGAAGAGAGUGAUGAAAGUGACAAGUCGAAGGAGUCAAACGAGAGCAAAUCCAAAGACUCGGAUGAGAGCAAAUCCAAGGAUUCUAAUGAGAGCAAAUCCAAGGAUUCUAAUGAGAGCAAAUCCAAGGGAAAGAACUCGAAAGAAAAGGGCUCUAAGGAAAAGGGGUCCAAGGAAAAGGGGUCCAAGGAAAAGGGGGGGAAAUAGUUCCUAACCGAUGAAACAACAAUAUACAUGCUUGAUGAUGUAGCCCAUAUAAUAUAUAACCCGUUUGCUUUAUACAUGCACCCGUGUGAAAAUAAAGGAGCGAGAGCAUACCUAUUAAAAAUUAGCAUUAUUUCUAACUUCAAUUUACAUUUUUCCCAUAACAUUAAGGAGUAUAAUAUGUAUUCUUUGGAACAAGGUUGUAAUUUUCCAGCUGAAAUAAGCAAACACGUACAACUACAGUUGUUAUAAUAAAAGUUAACACGUUUAAUGGAAAUAA